GCUGUGCAGACGGCAAAUGUUUUUCUUCUGCUGCUUGUUCAUGUUAGGGCAGUGCCUGUGUACGAAUGAAUUUCGAUUGUUCAGAAAAUAUUCGCAACACUCGCAAAUGUGUUAAAUGGAUGGAAAAAAUCGUCUGUUAACGUCGAUUCGCCUGCACGUCUCAUAAUGUCGUCACACUCUUCGGGCUGACCGCUGGGAAACAAAGAUUACGAUUUUAGCAUUGCCCAGAAUUGCCAUUUAAGAAAGAUGUCGGCUGCUUCAGGAGACAAAACUGUCAACAAGGUGGCCCUUUGCUCCGCGAUCUUCGCUGGAUUUGCUUAUGUCGGCUACUCAGUGGUGCGGACGGCCUUCUGUCGGAAACUAGGUCGACGCGGGGAAUGCGAAGGAUAUGAACAAGGGGAGCAUCGCCUGUACUUCAGAAGGCUAUCUCAAACAACCCAGACAGAUGUUCUACUUGGAAAUCUUGAUCUGGAUGCCGAUUCAGGGCGAAUUGUGCUACGCCCUCUUACCGUUCAAGAAAGGAUACGGGAUUUAAAUUGUCGAGCAAGGAUGUUUACCGACACAAUGCUUGCCAUUCAGGCUGGCGUGCCCUCCCCAGGACAAAGCCCCAAGACCGGCCCAAGGAGCCUUCAGUGUUCACCAUGGAGCUCCCCUCGCAUUUUGAGCCCAGUUGAUGUUCGCACAUUCCUAGCCAGCCGGUCAACAGAAAAUCUGUCUGGCCUUGGCACUGGUGAUUCUGGCACUCUACGUAUAUCAGGUGGAGACAUGGUGCUUGUAGCGGGGUCACCUAUGCAUCGCCGGUGGAUGCGGCGCUCAGUGAGGCAUGGAACCCCAGUCAGUAGGAACUCUCGGAGCCCUGAAACUCCGCGGCACCGAGAUGAUGAAAUGAGGAGGGAAGCUGAACGACUUUUACGAGAUGACGAAGAAGAACUCAGAAUGAGAUUGGACACAGUUGGACAUCGUGAUAGGGUGAUUUCUGUUCAUGAGGCCAAGAGCCUGAUAGCAUUGCUGCACAGCAGUGAUGAUGCACUCCUUGAAAGAACAUUAACAACUAUAGCAAAUUGUAGUACAUUUACAGCUAAUCAGGACAUGAUUCGGGAAGCUGGUGGACUUUUCAGAUUGCAAAAUCUUCUUCAACAUCCAAAACAAAAUAUUCAACUGGCAGCCAUCAAAGCUCUUGCAAAUCUUGCCUUAAAUCAAGAAAAUCAAAAGGAGCUUAAGGAUGCUAUUCCCAUGCUUCUUUCUUACGUCAAUAGAAGUGAUCUAGCUAACUCUCAAGUUGCUAAUGGUGAUGCGACUGAUGGCAAGUCUCACAACAGCAACCGAGGAAGCUUUGGUGGUAUGAGUGAGGCUCUCCUACUGGCAGCUCUAGUGGCACUCACCAAUGUAGCUGUAUUAACAGACUGGCACGAUGAGUUUUAUAUUGCUCUGCAUUCUUUAUACCGGCUUGUUGACAAUGGGAACCCAGCAAUAAAAUUGCAAUCUCUCAGAUUGCUGAUCAACCUGUCUUGUAAUGAGGACAUGGUACCUAGCCUGCUUGCUGCACAGGCUCCACGAAAGCUCAUCUAUUUGUUGGAUCCACACACUCAAGAGGAUAUACUAUUGCGAGUGGUAACUCUAUUGGCUAAUCUAACAACUGCCGCAAAGCAACAGCAGUUGGACCCAACAGUGGAUCUUCCUGCAGAGGACAAGGCUGCAUCUCCUGAUACCAUGUAUGCCGCUAUCUUUGGAGUCAAUGUGCAUGAGAAGAUUGUGUCUAAGUCAUCUGUUCUUUCAACACAACACACCCAUGAAGAUGUGAGAUUCCAAGCGACAAAACUCUAUGAAGCUGUCAAAUUGUAAGGCCAGUUGGACGGUUUUUUUUUUUCUUUGCAAGGAGCUUGCUAAACCCUAUUAGUUGCAAUCAUUCCACCAAUUUAUGCCAAAAUAAUCAUAAACCGGGUAAUUUUUCUCAUUUCUUAUGAUUAUUCUCAUCUACCUUUCUUGUGCCACUCUUCCUAGUCAUGUGCAGGACUUGUAUAAUUUAUCCUCAAGAAGUUGGACAUGAAAGACAGGUGCAAUGCAAUCCCAGUUUCUAGCUUAGAUGUCCUCUGUCAGUUUAAACUGUUCAGCAGAGACAGGAUCACCAAAGCUCAUAUUUUGACUUUUCUUGUGAACAAACAUGUGGUGUUUCUGUAAAGCAUUUCAGACACCCAAGCUACUUCCAAGUUCCUAAAAUAGUCAGUUAUUACAAAGGUACUAACAAAACUGAAAUCCAUGUUUGCAUUACAAAACGCUUCGAUUUAUUUAAUUUAUGUGACUGUUUAUUAGUGAGAGGGGCUCUACUACUGCAUUUUCUACAAUUAGUAUGGAAAUACCUUACCAAUCAUUCCUGCAUAGUCUUCAGUGUGCUGUUCUUUGAUAUUGUUAAAUCCUAAGUGUGUGAUCUAGAUCUAUUAGACAAAUUAACUGUCCACAGCUCAGCCUGCUAAUGAUUGAAAAUUUAUGAUGGAAUGAAAAAUUCCUGACUUAAGUCAAAGCAAUAAAGGAGUUGCAGUUCACUGAGGAGUUUGUAAUUCUCUUAUGCCAUAUUUUAGUUGGUUGAUGUUCUUAAUUUUGGCAUACGCACUUGUUCAUUUUGGAAACAAAAUUUUGGUUGAGCUCAUGUUGCAGUGACCUUUACUGAUCCUUCUGAUGUUAAUGUGUCAGUGUAACAUACUAGAGUUUUCCAAGAAAAUAUGCAUUGUAGAAGCAAAGUUAAACUGGACCUGUGGCUGUGCCUGAAUUUAUAUAUUUUAAGCAAGAGAGGGUAAGAGUUUGCGCCAUUUGUAAAUGUAUUACAAAUCCAGAUGAUAGUUUGAUUAUUUUAGCUCCUAGACGCGUAGAUUAGGAGAUUUUAACAUUACUCACUAGCUACCAAGUUCUGCUCUUCAUGUGUGAGAAUGUUCAAUUCCAAAAAUUUAUUGUGUUGCUGGGUGCAUUUACCACUUGUUUAUGGUUUCUUUGUUGUUCAUGCCAUUAAUUUGUUGUUAGUAGCCCUGUGCUAUAUUUGGAAGGUAUUAGUACCUAUGUCAUCUCAUCCAUCUAUCCAUCCAAGUGCUGAUAGUGAGUCAGUAUCGCUCAAUGAGUUCUUAAUGUUCUUGUAUUUUCCACAUGCCGCAUUCAUUUGGUCAUUUUAUUAUUAUAUAAAGCCUUUGGGUUUCAUACACAAAUGAUCAAUUUCAGUGAAGUCAGCUUCAAUUAAAAUAUGACUGCAGAUGUACAGUGCAUUUUAGCUUGAACAAGCUAUCAAUUGGACAGUAUUUUGGUUUAGUUUAUGUGUGAAUGUGAAUAGAAAAUUCAAAUUUAAUGGAACUCUCUUGAAACACAUGCUGUAGAUUAUCUAUGUAUUUAAGCUCAAUCGCACGACACUUUUAACAAGAUUUCAAUUCAUAAAUGGUGUUUAUCUGAAUCAAGAGUCCUGUUUUGAAAAAUUGAUUUUCAAGUUUUUAAAAGUUUAUGAAAAGCUACUCUCUGUCUGUGACCUUAAUUUUGAUAAACACUGUAAUGUGAUCCAAAGGAAAUGCUGCUUUUGCACAAAACUUAUGAACUUCUUAGAAUUUCUUGGAUUAGAAAGGACUCCUAGGAAUUGUCAUAAGUCUGUGAAGCUAUUCUUUGCUUUGUUUUUAGAUCUGAAACCAAAAUCUAAUCCACAACAGAAGUAGUUAUUUUUCUCUCUCUCUUCAAGGCAAAUGAGCUAUCUAUUUGUUAAGAAAUAGUGGGUAAAAGAAAAGAUACUCAGAUAUGAGAGGAUUAUUUUUGCUUGUGGCUGUUCAUUUAUAUUUAAAUGAGUGCACAGGUUUACUAUUUUAUUCUAGUCAUAAUUGUUGUUAACUGUAUUAUAAAUAUAGAUUUAUGGAUUGUUAAUAUGAAGUCAAAUCUCAUCUCAGGCAGUGUCUGUGAGCCUAAAUUAUUUUACUGCUUGUCUUGGUGUGUCAGCAAUGUGUCUGUGCUGGCUACAGAAUUACUUUAAUUUUUUAUUGUGUACAAGUUGUACAUUGGUGGGGUUCUCAUGUGGAUGGAUUGUGAGUUGUUGGGUGUAGUGAUAUUUGAAUAAAUGGUGAUUACAAAACAGAAAA